CCUCGCGUAACUUUUUCGGCAUCGUUUUUCUUGAAAAUAUGUCCCGGAUUCCGACCGUGAAAUCAACGUAAAACCCUCGAGAUGCUGUCCCCGUGCUUGAGGCGCAUCGUCUCCCAUCCGCUGCGAGCAGGAGUGCAGUCGGCAGUGAACCGCGUAAAGGCUCUGAAAUGUGGUGAUGUAACGAAACGUUUCCCGGUAGCCGCGUUGCACUCAUCCGGAGUGUUCCGUGUGAAAAAGUUCUCCGACACGGAAAAUGACUUCGCCCACAGUAUCCUGCAGCAUCAACAGCAGCAGUUUGCGGUGCAUUCACUACAGCGAUUGGCGAUUGAUGGAAAGGAAUUGGAUUUCACCGAGGUAGGCAAUUGGGAGUCGUACUCGGUGCGGGAUGUUCUGGAUCAGUUUCACCGGGUGGUGGAUGUUUGCAAGCGGGAUGGUGUGUGCAUUUCCGACAGGAGAUUCGAUGGUUUUGUGGAAGCGAUAGUUGGGAGGAUGGCAGAGCUUAGCGAUGAGGAACUAGUGGAGACAUUGCGUCUGCUGGCAGAAAUUGGACCGGAUAUUCCGACAGUUGACACGAGAAACUUUGUGGAAAUUUGGAAUGCAGCGGAUCGGGUGUGCCUUGGGCGGGUAUCACAGUGGAAUACGGAAAAGUUGCUGUUUAUGGCGGACCAGUGGUACCCACUGAGGGUGACAAAAGUGGGCAAUUUUGUCGGGAAGGCUAUGUGGAAGAUUAGCUCCCGGUUGAGGAAGCUUCCGCGGGAUCAACUGGUUCGGACGGUGUUCUAUAUCAACCUGACGCGGACGCCGGUGGAGAACAUGAUAGAUAUUGAGUUCAAUCUGAAGAGGAACUUUUUCGACUUUGAAAUCGAUGACAUCUCGAUUCUUUGCAUGGGAUUCUUCAAGACUAAGACUCCUGUCAGGAGUGCGGAGCUGAUUGAAAGGAUCUACCACCUUGUGACCCAUCACGCGAAGGAUGUAAAGGACAUAAGCUUGGCAGCGAUUUUGAAACUGUUGCGAUAUUCUUCAAGGAUUCCUCAGGCAUCAUCGAUGGAACGACUGUUAACGGCGUACAUUCCGGAGAUUCCAAGAUUGUCACUUUUCUGCUGUCUACAUUUGGCUCUGCUCGGAUCGGACAUCCACAUGUGCCACCAGGCGAGUCUUGCAGUCAUCAUUGAACGGUUUACCAAAGAUAUAAAGCUGAUGCGACUGAAGGACAUGGAACGGAUAGCGUUCAUCAUCGGUCAUUACAACAUGACGUUUGAGGGUAAUAAGGAUCUUGUUCUGUUAAAUGCGAUCGUUGAAGAGCUUCCCACUAGGAUUACUGAGAUAACUCAAUACCCCAAAAGUUACCUCUCGCUGUUGAACUUUCUUUCGCUCAAGGAGAUCUACAGCGAGCAGCUGGUAACAGCCGCCUUUGAGAAGCGCUUCCUCUACAUGACCUACGGUCGAAACGUGGCCGGAGCUGGCCGGGAAGUGAUAGCACUGGAUGCAUUCUUGCGGAUCAACUUGAAGGAUCGAGAGUAUAAUGGAAACUACUACCCUGAAAAGUCGUUCAAGGUGGUCGCCAAGCUGACGCAGGACUACGUUCCCAGUUUGGACCAUCGGCUGACCAAGUCGGACCGGAUGUUGAUGGAGAUUCAGGACGCUUUUCAUAGGCGACAUAAAUUUGCUCAUAUAAUACACCUGCUGCCGCACUAUCAGCGACCGGAUGUUCUACUGCUGUGGGAUGAUAAGGCGAAGAAGUUUCUGGAUGUGGGUGAGUACUGUCCGGAACAGUACUCGGGAGAUAUACUGAGCAGAGAGUAUCUGCUGAAGGAGGAGGCUAGCAAGGAGAACCUGCGGUUGAUAGCUGUCGUCGCGGGAGGAUGGAACUGUUACGUGAGGGAUCAGAACCGCUUUACGGGCGGCUUCGCCAUGAAACUGAAACAGUUGCAGAUUAUCGGAUACGAUACAUUGGUGAUACCGUGGCAUGAGUGGCCGUUGGAAUCGCUGGAGGCAAAAGAGGUUUUCUUGUUCGAUAAGCUAAACCCGCUGUUGGGCAAGCGAUAGGAGAAGGUACGUAGUCCCAAUAACAACUCAAACCAGCCAUUUCUACAAUAGAUCGUUGUUGCUUUAUUACUUAUUUCUAACCCGUAUAAAGGCCG